GGACCCACCAAGGUGGUGGCGAGACUGUCGAGCGAAACAGAACCCGUUUCGGACCCGCAGUCACGUUUUAUCAGCGUCGCGACGCACUGCAGACGAAGUUAAAGAAAAGGACGAGGAAGUUAAAGAAGAAGAGAAAGGGAAGAAAGGGGGAAGGAGAGAGAGAGAGAGCCUCCUUAGAACAGUAGCUUCAAGACGGAGAUCUCAAAGACUUCACGAAUCUCUUUAGGACUUUCUUCAGGAUGUUGGAAGUGGGAAAGCACGUGCUUCUUCGUGGUCUUCUGCCACUGGUGAUUCUGGCCACCUUGAGUGGGGCUCAGUUCCGGUGUCCGGAGCCUAAGGGUUUCUUCCCUGAUCCCGAACAGUGCGAUCUUUAUUACGCCUGCGUGGAUGGUCAGCCUGAGGAGAAACUCUGCAAGGAUGGACUCGUUUUCAGGGAUGACAAUCCCAAGAAGGAACUCUGCGAUAUACCGGCGAAUGUACCUUGCGGUGACCGCACAGUUUUACAGGAGCCGCAACCAAGCAAGGGCUGCCCACGAGCAAAUGGCAUUUUUAGCCACGAGGACCCGACUGCGUGUGACCGUUUUGUCAAUUGCAUCGAUGGAGUAGUGCAAGUAGUGCCCUGUCCGCCCGGACUAAUCUAUGAACCCAAGAUGUCGAGUUGUGUCUGGCCGGCAGACGCUACUCGUCUAUGUGAGAACGCAAAACGCGAUGUCCUGGACGAUGGCUUUGUAUGCCCUGACGGCGACGUCGCCGGUCCGUCCGGCAGAAUCUUGCCGCAUCCCACGUAUCCGCAUCCCGAGGAUUGCGCCAAGUUCUACAUCUGCAAGAACGGUGUGGUACCGCAAAAGGGCCAAUGCGAGCCGGGCACCGUGUACAACGAGGACAGCUUCAGGUGCACGGAACCAGAAUCCGUGCAGGGAUGCGAGGACUAUUACAAACGUAAAAAUUGAGUUGGAGAAGCGAAGGUGCCGCAGUUAACCGCAACGUGUGUAAUGCUCAUCUUUUUACCCAUAGGAACAAUAAAUGCAUGUGAUAUGCUUACGUAAACGUCACUGCAUGAUCUUUGCGAGAGUGAUCGCGCUUUCGCCCUCCCCGCGACAAAUCACUACCCCCUUUCUCCUUUUACAUAAACAAAUUUGCAUUCGGAAAAUCCGUAAUAAAGCCGUUGUCGGUUGCGGAUCAUUAAUCCGCGUUCGCGAAAGAAAACCCCACAGACUGACGAUAUCAAGUUCUAUAUAAUAUCUGUUAGAUAAAUCCUCCGCUCAAACCGGUUCGAUUUUAUAUAAUUAUCGAUUAUGUCGAAAUUUUAUUGUAAAAGCACAUGAACGCAAAACAGUUGGCCGUAAUUUAAUUCCGCAAUUAAAUAACUUUGAAGAAAUGAAAUUUAUUUAUUAUAUUCUA